UGCUUCAUCAAUCCUUCCUUUGAACUUCAUUGAAGGUUCACAAUUGUCUGGAUUUUCUUUUCCACAUUUGUCUUUUUACACAUCUUUUACCACCAAGACUUUGAAUUUUCAUAAUUCAACGGGACAACUUCUCUAUAUAUGUAAAUAUCCCAGUGUUCCUAGCUAUGUAUUUAGUUUGUGUUAAGAGUUGCUGGUUAUAUUCAACAUCCCCAAGAGCGGACCUAAUAUCCGUACGUAUAGAAAGAAUUCUUAAGGAUUUUGUUCAUCUGGAAUCAAGAACUUGAAGUUCCUGCUGGUGAUAACGAAUGGGGCUUUCUUUUUCACUACUUUCAUCAGCAUGGAAUGAAAUUUUGGGUCAUCGGUUUUAUGAUUUGACAGACACUGUAGAAACAUUUAUUGCCAGAUCAAUAAGCUUUGGAAGCAAAGAAGGAGAACUAAUCUUGAUGAAAUCACACAGCUUCAAGAAUAAAGAUAUGGAGAAACCCCAAAAAUCUGAAAAAGAAAUGCUAAAAACACAUGUUCCACUGAAAGAAUUGGUUGUAGACAACGAGAAUGAAACCUCAGAUUAUUCAGAAGUUAAGAAGUCGAAACCCGAGAUUCCAUUUCCUGUUCAAGAACCCUUCGUGUUUUCUUCCCCGAGACCUGUUAACGAGCUGAAUUCUGCUGCCACGACGCUUCAGAAAGUUUACAAGAGUUACCGGACGAGAAGGAACCUUGCAGAUUGUGCAGUUGUUGUUGAAGAGCUUUGGUGGAAAACCUUGGAUUCUGCAGCUCUGAAACAGAGCUCGAUAUCGUUCUUCAACAAAGUUGAACACGAAACUGCCGUGUCCCGGUGGGCUCGUGCAAGGACGAGGGCUGCUAAGGUUGGCAAAGGUUUAUCCAAGGAUGAGAAAGCUCAGAAAUUAGCACUGCAACAUUGGCUUGAAGCUAUUGACCCUCGUCAUCGCUAUGGACACAACUUACACUUCUACUAUGACGUAUGGUCGGAGAGCAAAAGUUUUCAACCGUUCUUCUAUUGGUUGGAUGUCGGUGAUGGUAAAGAAAUAAAUCUUGAACGUUGCCCCAGAGUCAAUCUGCAUCGUCAAUGCAUUGAAUAUCUUGCACCAAAACAGAGGGAAAAGUAUGAAGUGAUCGUAGAUGAAGGGAAAUUAGCAUACAAACAAAGUGGGUUUCUCUUGAAUACAGCUGAAGGCUCAAAAUGGAUUUUUGUCCUAAGUACAUCAAGAACUCUGUAUGUAGCACAAAAGAGAAAAGGUGUUUUUCAGCACUCCAGUUUUCUCUCUGGUGCAGCUACAACAGCUGCUGGUAGAUUAGUUGCUCAUCAUGGUAUUCUAGAGGCAAUAUGGCCAUACAGCGGCCACUAUCUUCCAACCGAAGAUAAUUUCAAGGAAUUCAUCAUGUUUCUUGAGGAGAAUCAUGUAGAUUUAACAAAUGUUAAGAGGUGUGCAAUAGAUGAUGACAGAACCUCAUUUAAGGAAGAUGCCAUCAAAGUUGAGGGACCAGACAAUAAUGCACUCAAGGCACCACGUGCUGGCAGUACAUCAAUCAACACAGCUAAUAUAGAAGCACCCAAACUUGACCUUCCCAAGACUUUAUCUUGCAAGUGGACUAGUGGAGUCGGGCCCCGCAUCGGAUGUGUUCGAGACUACCCAAUGGAGCUUCAGUCUGAGGCACUAGAAAGAGUAAAUUUAUCGCCUAAAACAACACCAGGCCAGCCGAAGAGUUGUGUGCCCAUCCCAUCUCCACGACCAAGCCCGAAAAUACGAAUGUCACCUCGGCUUGCAUAUAUGGGACUUCCUAGCCCAAGGGUGUCUCUUCGUGCCUAGUCAAGUGGCGACACACACCUACCCACCUAGAAGAGCAACUCGCUCUUUAAUGUCGUCAUGGCUAACCUAAGUUCUCUUCCAGUCAACUGUCGAUCAAGUGAAGUGCAAUAACACUUUUUCUAUUUUUCGUAGAGCUGCUAGGUCUACAUUCUUGUUCCUUGAUUCUUGUUGAACGCAUAACCAUGGGAUAAAUGUCUCCUCUUUAUGCAAGUUCAAUUUUUUUUUGCUACCAUAAAUAAGAAGGAAUAAAUGGUCGAAAUAUUGUUUCCAUUUCGUUACGCUUGUGUUGCCUUCACUUUUGUUCAAUAAACUUGUGUUGCCUUCA